AUGACUUCAAUCGAAGACCUCAUAUCAAACCCGCCCUUGCUGCUGCAUUCUUCACUGUCUCAACUCCGCUACCUCAUUCUCAGUGAGGGCCUCCCCAUAUCUGAAGAUAAACAGCAGGAACGCACGCGAUGUUACGUGUGGACGGUACUCUCUCAGACCUCUAUGGAGGUGUCUACGCAACGGUAUCUUGCCCUCUUGAAGCUGGGUCCACCUUCUAUGACCAUCUACCAAAAAAUCAAGAACGACACUUCUAGGACUUUCCAAACUGAUCCGAAUUUUAGAAAUAGAGUCUCGGAAGACUCUCUGAUCCGAUGUCUGUCGUGCUUUGCCUGGCAGACACAGCAGAGAAGACAGAAACCUCAUUUAAGUCACAUUCCUGUGAGCACUUACGUGCAGGGCAUGAAUGUAUUGUUGGCCCCUUUACUCUAUUCAUGCCCUUCUGAACCAAUGGCAUACCAGCUGUUCACCAAAGUUUGUUAUGAAAUAAUACCGACUUACUUGACAAAGAACCUAAACGGCGCCCAGAACGGCGCUAAACUACUCGAUAUUUCACUCAGGAUCAUCGAUCCAAAGCUGAGCAAGUUCCUAUCGGACAAUUUACUCACUGCAGAGAUUUAUGGCAUGCCCUCCAUCCUCACGCUAUCCAGCUGCAAUAAACCACUCGACCAAGUCAUCAAACUCUGGGAUUUUAUGUUUGCAUAUGGCUUUCAUAUGAACAUUCUCUUUGUGGUAGCGUUCCUGGUGAAAAUGAGAUCCAAGGUUUUCAAGUCGGAUUCUCCCGUUAAUCUACUGCGACAAUUCCCAGAUUUUGAUGCUGACGAAAUCAUCCGGCUGGGAGUCGGGUUCAUUGCCAAGAUCCCGACUCAAAUCUACGAUCUGUUGGUGGACCACUUGACUGACCCAGACAUAUAUAUACCAUAA